CUUAUUCUACAUCACAUACAAAACAUAAUGCCAUUGGUAAAUCCGAAUGAAUCGGUUACCUUUGGUAGUGCUCUCCUGUUGAGAGUAGAUGGUGCUAUAGGGGCAAUGUCACUUUCUCCCAAUGGAAGAGAUGCAGUCUUAGCUGGUCGUAGAGGUCUCUUUAUCAUUGACUUGGAUGACCCUUUCACCACCCCUCGUUGGCUUCACCAUAUUACAUCAUGGGAAGUUGCCGAUGUUCAAUGGUCCCCACAUCACAAUGCUAAGCCGUCAUGGUGUAUUUCCACAUCAAACCAAAAGGCAUUGCUAUGGGAUCUCUCGCGACCUUCCAAUAAUGCUAUUCUGAAUGUUUUACAUAGACAUACUCGUGCAAUUACUGAUAUAAAUUUCCAUCCAUCUGAUCCAGAAAUUUUGGCUACUUGCUCUAUUGACACGUUUAUUUUGAGCUGGGAUAUGAGAUGUCCUCGACUUCCUGUUGCUCAAUGGGCAGAAUGGAGAGCUGGGGCCACUCAAGUGAAGUGGAAUCAUGAAAAUCCAUAUGAAAUUGCUUCGGCUCACGACAAUACUUUUUAUCUCUGGGAUACUAGAAAAGGUGCUCUCCCUGUGGUUAAGGUCAGUAAUGCCCAUAGAGGCAAGAUUAAUGGCUUGGAUUUUAGUAGUGGCUCACUGGGGAUAUUGACUUGUUCCAAUGAUCAAACUGUUAAAUUAUGGGAUUUAAAAAGUGAUAGUGCAAUUAAAUUCGCCGAAUCAUAUAAUUUUUUCCAAAGCGAUACUAGAGACAAUAAUAGCAAUGGAAUUAAUGAUAGUAAAAUAGCUCCCACGGUAGUUAUUCACACAGAGUUUCCGGUAGCUAGAGCUCGACUGAUACCAUUCGGAACUGACAAUGCAUGUGGUAUUAUGCCUUUACAAGGUGGCUCGGAUGCUAUACAUGUCGUGAACUAUGAGGCUGCUUACACAGAGGCAAUAAAAACGGGUAAAACUGUAGAAUUUCUGGGAGAUGCGGCAUAUAAAUUUUCGGGCCAUGAAGGCUCCAUGAAGGAUUUCCUUUGGAGAACCAGACAUGAGCAGUACAAAGGAUUUGACACCAAGAAUAAUAAAGAUUUUCAACUUGUGACUUGGUCUUCACAAGAUUAUGAUCUCAAACUAUGGCCCCAUGAUGAUAAUUUGUACUCGGCUGUUAAUUACAAUCCGAGUCAUCAACCUAUCAUUGACAUAUUCUCCGAGCUGGAUUCGGAAUCUGUCAUAUCUUCAGCCACAGUAACUACAGAGGCUACAGUUGUCGAUUCUUCUAAAACCACGAACCCUACCCAACCUACAUCUAUACCAUCUAUGGAGUCUACUAAUUCAAUCACUUACAACUACGAUACAUUUUGUACAGAACCAGCGGUAACUAUUGAUGAUAUCACCAAAGGAGAUACAAAAGAUCCACUUUCUUCUUUGACAAUGUAUCAAAUAGUGAAACGGAAUAAACAUCACGGUUAUAGUCAACUCAAUCACUUAGAUUGGAUAUCUGGGGUUAGGAUGGGGAGAUCUACACCUACAGCUGCACAUUCUAAUGCAGAAAGCACUUCCUUAGAUGAAGAAAGCGGACCUUCUAAUCUUGGAGAGGAGGUGAGCAUUGUGGGUCAUAAGUUCCCAAAGAUUAGGUUUGAAAAGAUUUCUGUAUCCACGGGUGAAUUGAUUAUUAGUUUGAGAGGACCAAUAACUGGAAAUGCAACUAAUACUUCAGGGUUAGGGGCAAAUCUGGGAAAAGCAACGUAUCCUGCUAAUAGCACUACAACAAGUAUUAUACAGGAAGUAGAUGAUAAUUUGGAUCAGGCCGGAGGAGAAAAUGAGAAUACUUUAGAAGAGAGACUGUUGAAAGUGGAGAUUUUGAGUAAUCAAAGUGAUAUUGAUGAUAAAAGUAGUAUUGGUGGCGUUUUAGAACUGGAUACAAAUGGUUCGACAAAGAAUACUUCAAACAAUGCACCUGGAACUCCUCAAAUCGAUGAAUCAACUGAACAAAUACUUACAUUUAUUAGAAUGGAAGUAAAAUUCCCUAAAGUAUACCCUCAUUUGGAAGAACUUCCUGAUAGUUCCACAACUUCUGCUAAGCAACUUCUAAAGCUUCAAAAACAGAAUCUCAUCAAGUUCAAUAUUGAAGAGACUCAUGAACUUACAUCUCUGAUCAAACAAGAUAUGAUUGAUACACUUAAUAACAUUGCACAUUUUUACGCCAACAAGCAUCAACGUUUUUGUCUUGAACCGUGCUUGAGAUACUUAAUGGGUGACAAGAUUGACUUGACUGAAUCAUUAAUAAUGGAAGACACUACUCAAGAGGACGAUGAUUUCGACGAUGGUGAAUUCAUCCAGGAGGUUGGAUCAGAAGGUUGGGCGGAUGAUUUAAUUAAUCAACAACCAGGUAUUCAUCUGCUGCCCAUUGUUUCGGAUAAUGAUGAAGACUUUGAUGAUGGCUUUGAUCUCAUCCCUGCAAUUCAAGACGACGAAAUGAAGAAUAGUAUAGAUUCUCUUAAAAAGGGGUACUCAAUGACGAACCCAUCAAACCUGAAUCUCAAUGAGAAUGUACUAAUUGAAUCUAAUGGAUUGUCUAAAAAUAUGAUUGAUUCAACCCCUGUUCCCAAAGGGUGUGGUGCCGUGUGGUCCCACACCGGCCAAUUGGUUUGCUUUUUUAUCCCCAAGAAGGAUGAAGAUGAAGAAGAAAGUAAAGCGUUGCAAAAGUUCAACAUUUUCAAGUUUACAGAUGGAGGGUUUAGUUUGGGACAAGAACAUGAAAGUCAUAAUCAACAUCAUAAUCACCAUCAUCAUCAUAACCAUCAUAAUAGUAAGAAUCUUUCGAUUGAUUCUGUUGGUCUGGAUGUUGAUAGUGUCAGUUCGCUUGAUGAAGAUGAGGAUGGUGACUAUUCCUCUGACUGCGGCUCAAACUCAGGUUCAUCAUCUGAAUCAUCGUCUUCCGAUGAUAGUUUCACAAAUGACUGGGAUGACAUAUUAGAAGAUGACAUACCAUCAAGAUCACGAAUCCCCGGACUUUUCAAGACUUCAGUUGGCUUAGGAAAUCGCUAUAUUUCUAGAGGUACGAGUGGUAUGCGCGGUAUUUCAAAUAGAGGAUCCCUUAACAGAUUUCAUAGUAAUGGAGGUACUUCGCAUAAUAAGUCAUCAAUGCAUGAAACUUUGAAUGAGAAAUCACUGAAAAAGGGCCGCAAACGGAAGAAUAAACAAUCUAAUAAGAAUAUUGUGGGAAUCUUCGAUAUGAGGCAUUUGAUCCCCGAUAAAUACGAACUAGCAUGCGAGUAUCGUGUGUUAGGGGAUUCUCCAGAAAAAUUGGCUCGCUAUAAUGGCGAGAUUGCUAGAAAAUACGGUUUGAAAGACAUUAGUGAUGUAUGGCGUAUUUUAGAAAUGGUGUUAGUUAAGGAUGUUGAGGUCAAUGAUAUUAAUCCAGUAUACUACGCCCCUGAAGGUUCUAACUUGAUGACGGCACAGAAUCAAAGUUCUGGCUUGAUGAAUCAACUUUUCCUCAAUUCUGAAAUUGCCAAACAAUCCUUUAUUGAUAAGAAUUAUAGGUUUUAUUGGGGUUCUCAUCCUUUUGGGCAUGCAUGGUUAGUUCGUAGUAUUUUUGAGUAUUUUGAGCGUCAAAAGAACAUUCAAAUGUUGGCCAUGCUCUCAUGUAUUUUGUUUGAAAAUGCGAACAAUAUCAAAAAGUAUACAGAUGGUACCGUUAGCGUUCCAAUUCACACACCCUAUGGAGCUAUGCCACCACCACCAACUGAAGUAGGAUUGAGACAUUUCAACAGUAUUUCCAAUACUGGUCAAUCCCAAUUUAGUCGUCCAAACUCAGACGAACAGAGUGCAUCUUUCCAUGAUAGUUUUCCUGGAACAUUCACAGACCGUAACACUAAUGACUUUAAUAAUCGUUUUAGGGUCUCUUCUCCUCUGGCACAAGUACCAGGUUAUGCGUGGUCUAUCGCGUCGUCAUUUGACGGCAGUGUGAAGGAUUUAUCGCCAGAAAAGAAUUUGCAGCUUAGGAAAAGUAUUCAAGGAAUCCAAUCAGUGCAUGCGACAAAAUUUGGCUCGCUGGAUCUUUUACCAUUUGAAGGUGACCAAUUCCCAGUUAGUUCAGGAAUGCAAACUCAACCGAAGAGCAAGUUUAUAAGACGAGGUACAUUCCAGGAUUCAAGAAGACCAGUUUUAAACCAACGUGGUAUUGAACUGACGAAAAGACAACUAACACUGACAAAAGGCAUUAAUUCUACUGACUUGGGUACAAACAAAAGAGGUCCGCCUAUUGUAACCAUUGAAAUGAUGAAUACAGCAAGUCUAGACUUGUAUGAUGAUGUUUAUUCCCAGUCGCUACUUGGUGCCCAAUUUGAACAAAAAGUAAAGCUGUAUCGAGAUCAAUAUGCGGACAUGUUAUAUGUAUGGGGUUUACCCAUCAGUAGAAUCAAAAUUCUCAAAUUCAACUACCCAGAUACAGAAAUCAGUCAUCAUUUCGAUGGAUACGAAUCACCCUUUGACGUACAUCAAUGCGCGCUUGGUCUGAGAAAUAGAUCAAGACUUGGGAAUGACGUUCGUCUAAUUGCCCCAAUAACCCCUCCUAGAGCACUAAUUCUGCCGCAAGCGUGGAACUCACCAAAUAAGACAGGAGGGUUAAAAUUCUGUAAUUUGUGCGGCUUGUUAGUUACCAAAAGGUUAGUUGUCUGUACUAAUUGUGAGCAUGUUUUACAUUCGCAUUGUGCAGUUGAGUGGUGGACAAAUGACGGUGUAGAAAAUAGUGACGAAUGUCCUAGUGGAUGUGGAUGUCAGUGCUUACUACAUAGAUUAUAGAUUAGCCAUUACUGGCUCUAAACUAAAUAG